CAAAUUUCGCCCACAUUCCUCCCGCCUGCACGCUCGCCGCCCCGUGAGCGACAUUCUUUCGAGCCGGCCGCCACAACGCUCCGCUGCGCUCCAGCCACAGACGCCCCCGGCGAGCCCUGAUAUCGACAUCACCCAGGUUGGCCAUGGCCCACUGACCCACUCACGACACAUACCACGCCGCCGACCUCUGCAGCCCUUCCCCGACUACGGUCUGGUGACGCUGCUCCUCUUGACUGCAGCAGCACAACGCUCCUCUCGCACCGGCUAUGACGCAGCUCUUCAGCUCCUCGCACUCGUCAACCAACACCACCAUGACGGAGAAGCGCACCUUCUCCGGCAACCCGCUGUCCACCAACAAGCCCGUCAACGGCAAGGACGGCCAGGUCUCGCAGCGCAUCAAGAAUUUCUUCCGCAUCAACAGCAGCACCGACACGCGUAAACACUCGGACGAGGCCAAUGGCAUCCACACCCCCAAGAACGAGAAGUCCGGGUCGCGCCAUUCCCGCUUCCUGCCGCACAUCUCCCGUAAUCGCUCGACGACCGUCACGAGCGAGGGCAAUCCGUUGGACGACGCCGUGUCACCAACCGCACACGCCAACCCCUACUUCCAGCACCAGGGUCCCCCUGCCCUCCGCCACCACAAUGAAGGUAGCGUACCGUCGACCCCGCCCGACACGCCAGGCAUACCAACGACCAAAGUAGAAGCAGUCAGUGGAGCGAAUGACCAGGCCACCGCUGCUGGCAAGGAGGAAUUGGCAAGGAAAUUGCGAAGGGUAGCGUCUGCACCCAAUGCGCAAGGCCUCUUCUCUUCUGGCAAGUCCGCUGAAAGGCCGCAGACCGCAGAGCUCGCCAAGCAGCCCGUCCUGCUCCACCCCAGUUCCUCGACGCUCAGCAUGGUUGAGACGGUCCAGCAAGAUUCAGACCACCUGGCACCUGUAGACACAUCGAAGGGCAUUCCCACACCCGGUCAGAUCCGCCAAUCGGUAGCUUUCCGGAGAACAUAUAGCUCCAACUCGAUCAAGGUCCGCAACGUAGAAGUUGGACCCGGUAGCUUCGACAAGAUCAAGCUGAUCGGCAAGGGCGAUGUCGGCAAGGUGUACUUGGUGCGAGAGAAGAAGUCGAGCAGGCUAUAUGCUAUGAAGGUGCUGAGCAAGAAGGAGAUGAUUAAACGUAACAAGAUUAAGCGUGCGCUCGCCGAGCAGGAGAUCCUGGCUACCAGCAACCACCCUUUUAUUGUUACUCUGUACCACUCGUUUCAGUCAGAGGACCACCUCUACCUCUGCAUGGAAUACUGCAGCGGUGGUGAGUUCUUCAGAGCGCUUCAGACCCGACCGAACAAGUGCGUAGACGAGGAUGCGGCGCGCUUCUACGCUGCUGAAGUCACGGCUGCACUGGAGUACUUGCAUCUGAUGGGCUUCAUCUACCGCGACUUGAAGCCAGAGAACAUCUUGCUGCAUCAGUCCGGCCACAUCAUGUUGUCAGACUUCGAUUUGUCGAAACAGUCAGAACCUGGUGGUCGCCCAACAAUGAUCCUCAGCGGCCGCAAUGGUACCUCGUCGAGCAACCUACCAACGAUAGACACGAAGUCGUGUAUUAACAACUUCCGUACGAACUCGUUUGUAGGGACGGAGGAGUACAUUGCACCUGAGGUGAUCAAGGGCUGCGGACACACUAGUGCUGUCGACUGGUGGACACUUGGUAUCCUGAUCUACGAGAUGCUUUACGGGACAACGCCCUUCAAGGGCAAGAACCGCAAUGCAACUUUCGCCAACAUUUUGAGGGAUGAGGUGCCAUUCCCCGAGGGCUCUGGCGCGCCGCCAGUCUCCAACCUUUGCAAGUCGCUCAUUCGUAAGCUCCUGAUCAAGGACGAGACUCGACGACUGGGAUCUCGUGCUGGUGCUUCUGACAUCAAGACGGCACCUUUCUUCCGCACUACGCAAUGGGCGUUGUUGCGUCACUCGAAACCCCCCAUCAUUCCUCACCAGGGCCACGGAAUCGAGACACCCAACUUCAGAAAUGUCAAGGAGAGUCAAAGUGUCGACAUUGGAUCAACAAAGACCAAGGGUGUGCCACUGGACUCUGGCCUUGCGACCCCCAUGGGUGAGAUUGCGGAUCCUUUCGAGGAGUUCAACAGCGUCACCCUACACCACGAUGGUGAUGACCACAGCCACGGAGCAACCGACCACGACCACCUCGCACAACAAAACCAGGGCUCGCGGUAGUAUCAGGCGUGAUCUGACCACCAUCUCGACAGCAGAGAACUUGCCUUUUACUUUCUACAUAUCGAUAUGGGAGACGCUCGGAUGCGUUACUCUCAGCUCCACUCAUUUACUACACCUGAUAGAUAUUGGACACUUCUCACGGCAACGGCGUUUGUUGGAGCAUUGACCUCAGACUCUUCGCAGACGAGAGUCAACGAGCGUCUCGUAAAAUUCUUUGGCGUUGAUUAUCAUUAGGAGCGUUCAUGGUUGGUCGAUUUCAUUACAGUCACGGAUGAGAUACUUAAGGGAGGUCGAGGAGGGGGACGCAUUGUGCACGAUAGAUAGCAAUAGCAGACAUGUGAAUGA